GGCCCGUGGUGGCUACUAAGGUUUUGCAAUUGGGAUCUUGAUCAGGUAUGCCUGCUUGGGCUUGUCCGUGUGCUGUGCAUGGCAGGCAAGGCAGUUGCCACAGGUGUCGUUCCUCCUCCGCAUCCAGGUGGAGGCUGGAUGAUGGCUAGGGAGGUGCAAGGAGAGCAAUAUUUGGUGAGCUAGAUGCGUGCACACCGCAGUAGCAGGACAAGGCAAGCUUGCCCCUUGACAGCUCCGUUGGAUCCAGCAUUGCAUACCCCGCAAUUUUGAGGUGAGGAACGGAUGAGCUUGGAUUGGAUUAAUCGCAGCAGUUGUACGAGAGGGAGAGAGAGGGCAAAUAUAGAGCUCUUGGCUCAACGUGAAAGUGAGGUCAGCGGGUGCCCAAGAUGUGGCUGUUGCUGCUAUAAAAAGCGCAUUCUUUGGCUCAGACAUGAAUGCAUGAAGCCUCGUUGUUGCAUGCUUAACACGCAUCUUGAGUAGUUAGCUGACCUGGACCAGCUGCUUGGUGUGCAGCUUCUCGGUGGCGGGACUGAUGACAGUAUUUGUUUGCAAGCACAUGUCUGGAUGACAUGAGUGUGCUACCGAACCAAGUUACUGGUUCGGCUUGACAACGACAUGGUUUGGGAAGGAAAAUGGCGGUACCGAUUUCAUGAGUCACCCUCGCUUUCUGUUUGACAUUGGCUAGACGGGGCGCAUGCAGAAGCUGAUAUAACCUCUGAGAGAAUCGAGGACCGAUGUAUAAAGUCCAUAUUGCUUUUGUCAGAGUCCGUGAGUAUUAGAGUCAGGGAAGUGGGUGGAUUGUUCUGUCCCAUUUGCUCUUCUCUUGUUUGUUUGUUUGUGUGUGUGUGUGUGUGUGUGUGUGUGUGUGUGUGUGUGUGUGUGAGAGAGAGAGAGAGAGAGAGAGAUGAUGAUGGUGAGGAUGAGGUGCACAGCCAAACGGCUGUUGCCAACAGUGGCAUUGGCUGUUGCACACGGAAUGAGGCACUCUAAAUCGAGAGCAACUGUCGCAGUUUUUUCGCACGUCUCAAGACUUACUUCUGAAUGCUUGGCCGCCACCCAUCCACGAAGGCAACUAUCAGUGAUUCCGGGUCAAGAUGGAGGGAAUGGUAUUGAUGAUCGACUGUCUGAUAACAGGAAGACGAUGCCUUUCACUUCUAAGCCACGGUCCUUGUCAAUUGAUCCGUCCUCUGAACUCAGGGUUGAAACACCUACCCCUCAGGGUGUUAGUGGCCUUGUACUCCGGCUGCUUGGGUACUAUAGCGAGCAUGGUCAGCUUGUCCGCGGCAGUCGCACUCUUUAUGGACAAAUCAACGCUCAGGUUGACCAACAAGCAUUCUACACAGCACUGAACCUUCCCAUGAACUUCCGCACGUCAUUCUCUGUCCGCGUGCUUCACCUUUGGCUCUGCAUGGUCCGGCUGCGCGCUGAAGGCAAGGUAGGAAAGAAGAUGAGCCAAAUGCUUUAUAAUCUGUAUAACCAUGACCUGGAGAAGCGAGUCGUUGCGGCAGGAGUUAAGAUGGUAAUUAGCAAAUGGAUGAAAGAACUCGAAAAGAACUUUUAUGGAGCCUGUUCUGCCUACGACAAGGCCAUGCAGCCUUCUACAGGACAUGAUGAGCUUGCAAAAGCACUCUGGCGUAAUGUGUUUGCAGAGGAUGCAUCCGAGAUGCCAACAGGUCCCGAAGCUGCUUAUGUGCAUGCCCUGGCAAGGUAUGUAAGGAGAGAAACGGCGUCUUUAGCUCUCACGGACAGUGAGUCACUGUUGAGUGGCAAUAUUCUUUUCUCUAUCGACUUCGGGAACACAGAAAGGGCAAAUGAACAGUCUGGAGCCUCUGUGGAUCAGGGUGGUGAGAACGAGGUGGCUGCUGCACAUGCGUCAUAGGGCUUAUGUGGAUCUCACCGGCUGCUCUCUCUCUCUCUCUCACACACGCACACACACACACACACACACACACACACACACACACACAGAGAGAGAGAGAGAGAGAGAGAGAGAGAGAGAGAGAGAGAGAGAGANAGAGAGAGAGAGAGAGAGAGAGAGAGAGAGAGAGAGAGAGAGAGAGAGAGAGAGAGAGAUGACUAGGCAACUGGAUGAGUGGACAUUAUUACUGUUAACAACGUUGGCGUUACACGUUUAUGUAAAGAAGAUUGGCUUUGUGGUGAAGCUUACUCUUACCCCGAUCCCUUUAUGUGCCUUGGUCUCAUUUGUGUUGUUGGGUGAGCUGUAAUAUGUUUGGUUGUUCUAUGUUUUUGGUGAAGGUUGAUGUUCGUGACGGUGGUUCUUCAUAGUGAGCCCUCGGGUUUCCUUUAGUCCUUCAUCGGUGUCUUCCUAUCCUCUCAGCCCCUCUUGUGUCUUCCUACCCUAAGGCCCUUCUUGUUGGGUCUUUCUACCCUCAGCCCCUCUUCCUUGCAUCUUCCUACCCUCAGCCCGCCUUCGUUGCCUCUCUGGUCUCUCCUUUCUUCCUUUCAGGUCGGCGCUUGCAAGUUAGGGGGACUGAUAGCCCGAUUUGCAAAACGUAAUUUCUGCGUACUGGUAGCGCAGGGUGGCAAAAAUGAAAAAAAGGUGAAAAUAAUUGCGGAAAUGCAUCACUUUGCCGUGAGGAAUUGUGCUCUUAGUUCUUUUUGUUUUUUGUUUUUUAAUGAAUAUUUUUCCUGGAA